AUCUGAUUUACUCUCAGUCAGAAAUGUAGCUUCAGUUUUACUCGCGUUGCUGUGACUCGGUAAAACUCGCUUCACUGGAGUCUCUGGUUUACUGUCUGUUCGCUUCUCGCGGCUCCUGUGAGCUCAGAGUGAGUCAGACGGAGCGCUGAGAGUCUCAGAGCCGGUCAGUGAAUCGGUCAGUGCUGAGAGAGUCUGAGAGAAAAGACUGACUGCAGGUUUGUUUCCUUCACAGAGCUCUGAACAUCAUGGGUGAGGGCAAGUUAGCAGCUUUACCUGUGUGUGUGGACCCCUCUCUUCAGGCUGUAUGUGUGUGCGCGGGCUGCGCGCGACCCAUACGGGAGCGCUUCCUGCUGCGCGUGCACUGCGGCGUGUGGCAUGAGCGGUGCGCGCGCUGCUGUGAGUGCGGAGAGCUGCUGGAGAAGAGCUGCUUCAGCAGAGACAACAAACUCUACUGCAGGACUGACUACCAGAGGCUGUUCCUGGUGCGCUGCAGGGCCUGCGCUGAGGUCAUCUCGCCAGCUGAGCUGGUGAUGCGUGCUGGUUCUGCAGUGUUCCACCUGCGCUGCUUCUGCUGCUCCGUGUGCUCCUGCAGGCUGCAGAAAGGAGACCGCUGUGUGCUGGUGGGAGACAGACUGCUCUGCACCCGAGACUACCAGCACUCACUGAGCAGCCCCGCCACCUCCGACUCAGGUAGAAGUGAGGAUGAGGAUGAUGACGAUGAAGAAAGCAGCCUGAAGGCAGCGGGAGACAGUAACGCAGCUGGAGACGGGGAACUGAAGAGGCCCAAACGGCCGCGCACCAUCCUCACCACGCAGCAGCGACGAGCUUUCAAAGCUUCAUUCGAGGUCUCGUCCAAGCCCUGCAGAAAAGUAAGGGAGACUUUGGCAGCAGAGACGGGUUUGAGUGUACGAGUUGUUCAGGUCUGGUUCCAGAACCAAAGAGCCAAGAUGAAGAAACUGGCCAGACGACAGCAGCAGCAGCAGCAACAGCAGCAGUGCCAAUCUCCACAGGAGCAGAGAGACGCCCAAACACUUCCCACUGCACCCUCUUGUGGACUGCCAGUAGAACUGAAGAGCAUGGACUUGUAUGUGUCCGUAGCCCACCAGCAACAGCAGGCUGUGUCACUGGAGUCCCACAGCUUUAAGCUGGACCCUUUCCGCCAAGGCCUGACCCCUCCUCAGAUGCCCGGAGACCACAUGAACCCAUAUGGCUGUGAGGCCUUCUACAAUGACGUGGACGACAGCCCUCUGUGUCACCUGGGAGACUGCAUGUCGUCGGAGGGGACGUCCCUCCUGACGCCGAUUGACCGGCUGUAUUCCAUGCAUGACUCUUACUUUGCCUCCUGAGUGUAAGGUGAUGCGUGUGCAUGUGUGUGUGUGUGUUUGUG